CGGGGCAUGGCCGCGGCGCGGGGCCCGCGCUGCCUCCUGGCCCUGCUGCGGCUGCUGCUGCUGGCGGGCGCCGACCGCUGCAGCUGGCGGGGCAGGUCUUUUCCAGCCUGAGUGGUUCUGUGAUUCCAUUGCCUUGGCAGCGGUCUGAGCUGGGAGCCCCGAUCCCGCGCGGUGGAGCAGGUCCAUCUGCGCUGCACCGAGGGCUCCCUGGAGUGGAUGUACCCAGCACGAGCCCUGCGAGUCCUCCUGGAGCCCAACCUCGCCAGCGCCCGGCACACCACUGUCUGCAUCAAGCCCGCCAGCGACUUUCAGGGUGCCAGCAUCUACGUGGAACAUGCUGGGCAGCUGCAUCUGGUGGUAAGCGAGGCAGAAGGAGCUCGACCUCACCACGUGUCUUGCUUCAGUGCCCACGCACCGCAACGAGUGGCCCUCUUCCUGCAGGCCAGCCCACAGAGGGACAUCAGCCGCCGGACAGCCAGCUUCCAGUAUGAGCUGCUGAGCAACCAGAGCACUACUGGCUCCGACUUCAAAAAGAUGGCACUGGUCGAAGCUAUGUGCCGGCCUUGUGACAACGUGGAACUGCUUAUGGCCAUUUGCAGCAGUGAUUUUGUGGUGAAAGGAUCUAUCCGAAAUGUUUCCCACGAUUCAGAGAACCACAUGUCACAGGUUGAUAUCAGCGUCCAGAAAGUCUACAGACAGAAAAACAGAAUUUUCCAGCAGGAUGAAGCAAGUGGUGAAUGGCGAGGCCCCAUCCAAACCCUGCUGCAGUGCAAGGUGAAGAAGGGAGGUGGAGAUUUCCUUUUCACUGGAAAUGAACAUUUUGGUGAAGCUUGGCUGGGCUGUGCUCCUCGGUUUAAAGACUUCAUGUUCAUUUACCAGGCUGCCAGAGAAAGAGGAGCCAACCCAUGUGAGUUUCAGCUCAACUGACAGGAGUGACACUGGAGUUGAGAGUGGAAAACUUUCAGCCCAGCUUUUGAAUGCUGAGUCUUGAAGUAGAGUUAAAACCAAGGGCUAAAGCUAACAAUUUCACCAAAACUGGGACCUGGAGACUUUCCUGAAGAUAAUGGCUCUGUGAGCCAUGUAAACUCUGACUUUUAAUCCACAUUUGCAUUGGUUGCAUUAUUUUCUCCUUCGCAUCUUCUUUGCCUCACAAAAUAACUCUGAAUUUUGAAAAAGUCUUUUUUUUGUGGUUAGAAAGCAGCUUGGGCUCAGUGUUACAGAAUUCUUUCCAACAUCAUCUGCUCUGUGUACAUACUGUGUGCUUUUUCUCUAGACUUUUUUUCUCUCCUCCCCCAUCUCUACUUGAUUUCCCUUCUGAAUAGCUCCUUUGUUUGUUUGUUUGUUUGUUUGUUUGUUAGAUGACUGCUAACUAUAGUCUUAGCCAUAGUUAUUAACCCUUCAGACAAUUGGCGGGUUUGCCAGUUUUUUUGCCUUCUGUGUGUUAGCAGAGAGAUUAACCCUCUGGGGCAAAAUCACAGCUGGUGUAGUUCUGGUUUCUGCACAGCUGACAGCAUCUUAUUUUUGCUCCUCACACAAACAGGCCAAGGAGGGAUACAGCACUUUAGCUAAUAUGAACACUAACACUGUAUCUCAUCGCUACCACAUGAGAAAAGGUGUUUGGGAAACACAUUGAAAUAGUCGGAGGUCUUGGUUGUAGCAUUGGCUGUGUGAGAAUGUAAUGUUCGGUAUUGAUGGUACUGGGCCCACAACUACCUCUGGUUCCUGUUUAGGGAACAACAGGAGAGAUCUAAGUGAACUGGUCGUUGUAAAGUUGGAGGAUGGAUGGGGUAUCAGAGUACUUGGGUUUUGAGAGCUGGAGGUCGAUGCUACAUUUCAGAUUUUAAAUGGAGUACUCUUCUUUGGUUGGUAUUUGCACUGAAAAUAUGAGAUAAAAUGUUUUCUUUUAGUGUAGAUGGGAGGUACUGCAUUUCUUUGUCGUUUUAUAUAUUUGUCUAUGUCAAACUUCUGUGGGGUUUUGCCUUUUAAAGGGGCCUUAGCCAUUUCCUAUAGCGUUAAUGUCAUAAUACUUGCUUUCAUAGAGCAUCAUGCCUUUGAAGUAAUGUGUUCUUUUUAAAGCAUGUAACUAGUGUAGUUAAUGAGCUGUUGAAAAACUAAAACAACCCAGUGUGAAGUGAAACAACAUACUUAGAAAUGCCUGUGAUCUGGUAAUUUAAUCCGCAGCCUUGUGGAUUCAUCAGCCUUGCAAUGAGCAACCUGAAAUCCUUGCAGCUGGUGAGAAUAAUGAAAAGCUUAUUAAAGACCGUGGAUGUUGUAUA